UACGAUUGUUGACAACAAAUUGACACGAUUUGUAAUGGUCUUUCCCUAGGUCAGGUCAUCAACCAGGAGGCCAGUCGGCACGUGGACAUUUAAGGACCAAGGACUUGUUAGAUAUUCCUAUCCAGGACGAUCGGAGAGAUGGCGGCCAGUGCUGGAGCGAGCAGCUGGUCGGGCAGCAGUGGGGGCAGCAACUCCUCCCAAGGACGAACCAUUGCCACCGCCCAGCCGCCACAGGAGGAGAGACUAGUGGUGGCAGUUCGAGUCCGACCCAGCAUGGAGGCCAGCGAGCGCUGCAUCGAGGUGGUCUCCGGGGGAUCGCUGCUCUACGACGACGGAGGGAAGAGUCGCCCGCGGCAGUACUCCUACGACCAUGUCUUUCGUGAGCACGACAGCCAGGAGCAGGUGUACAAGACGACCACGGCGCCGUUGGUGCGGGAUGUCCUCAACGGCUUGAAUGCGGCCGUCUUCGCCUAUGGAGCUACGGGUUCCGGCAAGACGCACACCAUGCUGGGACCUGUGCCGCGCAAGAAACCCCAGACUGCCGACCGUCCGCCGGCCACCGCCUCCUGUGAUUCCACGGAUGUAAGUAGCCAGGACAUCGGCCUCAUGGUGCGGGCCAUUGAGGAUAUCUUCAGUCACAUCGAAUCGGCGGAGGCCGAUUCCUGCCGGGUGUCCAUAUCCUACCUGGAGAUAUACAACGAGCUGAUACGGGAUCUCCUGAAUCCGGGAGGUCCCUUGGAGCUGCGCGAGGAUCAUCGGGGGCAGCGAAUCACGGUGGCCGGGCUCUCGGAGAUUACCACUUCCAGUCGAAAGGAGGUGGUGAGUCUGUUGAUCAAAGGGAACAAGGCGAGAACCAUGGAGCCAACGGCCGCAAAUCAGACCUCGUCGCGGAGUCACGCCCUGCUGAGCAUCAUGGUCCAGGCCAGGACUCCGCUGGGCACCAAGCAGGGUCGGCUCUUCCUCACCGAUCUGGCCGGUUCGGAGCGGGCCAAGAAGACCAAGAAUCGGGGCAAACGACUGCAGGAGGGGGCGCACAUAAACCGCAGCUUGCUGGCUUUAGGAAACGUGAUAAAUGGUUUGUCGGGCGGAGCGCGGUAUGUCAACUACCGGGACUCGAAGCUGACCAGGCUGCUCAAGGAGGCGCUGAGUGGUCGCUGCAAGACCGUAAUGAUUGCCCACGUUGCCCCCGAGAGCAAGCACCGCGAUGAGACGAAGAACACCCUGGUCUAUGCCGACCGGGCCAACAGCAUCACCACCAAGCUGCAGAACUCCGUGUACAUCGAUGAGUUCAAGGACUUCCCCACCAAGCACUACCAGAGUCUCGUCUCGGAGUUGCGCGACGAGGUGUCGCGUCUGCGCACCAAGAUGCUCACCGAACGGCCUCGAAGUGGAGCAGCUGCAGCGGCGGCCAAGGUGGCAGCCUCAGGAUCAUCGGCAGGCGGUCCGGGCACAGCUGGAGCAGGGGGAUCCGAGGCUAUCCCGGAACAGGACGAACAACGCAAGACGGAACUGCGGUAUCUACGCGAACAGAUCGUGCUCACCUUCAAGCAGCAAAUGAAACUGCGACGCAAGCUCCUCGAGGCCGAGAGCCAUCUCCUGGGCCUGGAACUGGAUGCAGAGCGACAGCACAUGAUCAUCUCCCACUGGCAAGGACGCAUCGGAAAACUAUAUGACGCCAUGGGCGACGAUGACAUCGAAUCAGAGGGAUCUGUGGCCCUGAAGAAUGCAUGGGGAGAGUUGGCGGCCAUUGAAAAGGAAACGCGGCGCUACAAAGAAAUCCGCGAGAGGACGGAGCACGAGCUGGAGCAGUGUCGCCAGAAGGGUGUCAAACUGGAGGAUGAGCUUCCGGAGCGCAUCAGUAGCGACGAGGAGCGCGAGCUACUGGCCCUUCUGUGCCGCGUCCACGAACUGGAGGCGGACAAGGUGUCCCUGCAGGCCGAGCGAUUGGCUCGCCAGGCGGAACUGCGUCGUCGUGACCUCCAGCUGCUCCGGGCGGAACGGCAGCGACGCCUCUGCGAGGACAUCAUCAGCUCCCAGCGACGACUCAUCGAGGAGGGCAACGUGGAUCUGCCGGACGAACUGCGUGAGCUUUAUGGGCUCUACCAGCAGGAGAUCCAUGCCGGCGUGGUCACGCCAAGCACGAGCAACUACGAGAGGAAACUUCCGCCCAUCUAUACCGCGGGAUCCGACUCACCCGGUUCGAGUUCCAGUUCAGAGUGGUCGCCAGCUUCGCCGCUGCCACAAAUCGAUAGCCAGAUGGAUCCCGUUGACCGGGUCAUGGGUCCGCCCGUCAAUCCUCGUCUGCCACGACUUUCCACGGCGACUGUGGUUCCGGCCGGAGGACCCCGAAGACCUUCGCUACGGAUGGGCAGGAAUCCCCAUCCCCAUCCACACCCGUAG